GGCGGGAGAGGCGGCGGCGGCGGCGGCGGGGGAGGCGGAGCCAUGGCGGGCCAGCAGUUCCAGUACGAUGACAGCGGCAACACCUUCUUCUACUUCCUCACCUCCUUCGUGGGGCUCAUCGUGAUCCCCGCCACCUACUACCUCUGGCCGCGGGACCAGAACGCGGAGCAAAUUCGAUUAAAGAAUAUCAGAAAAGUAUAUGGAAGAUGUAUGUGGUAUCGUUUACGGUUAUUAAAACCCCAGCCAAAUAUUAUUCCUACAGUAAAGAAAAUAGUUCUGCUUGCAGGAUGGGCAUUGUUCUUAUUCCUUGCAUACAAAGUUUCCAAAACAGACCGAGAAUAUCAGGAGUACAAUCCUUAUGAAGUGUUAAAUUUGGAUCCUGGAGCAACAGUAGCAGAAAUUAAGAAACAAUAUCGAUUGUUGUCACUUAAAUAUCACCCAGAUAAAGGAGGUGAUGAAGUUAUGUUCAUGAGGAUAGCAAAAGCUUAUGCAGCUUUAACAGAUGAAGAGUCUCGGAAAAAUUGGGAAGAAUUUGGAAAUCCAGAUGGGCCUCAAGCUACAAGCUUUGGAAUUGCCUUGCCAGCUUGGAUAGUUGACCAGAAAAAUUCAAUUCUGGUUUUACUUGUGUAUGGAUUGGCGUUUAUGGUUAUACUUCCUGUUGUUGUGGGCUCUUGGUGGUAUCGGUCAAUACGAUAUAGUGGAGACCAGAUUCUAAUACGUACAACACAGAUUUAUACAUACUUUGUUUAUAAAACCCGAAAUAUGGAUAUGAAACGUCUCAUCAUGGUUUUAGCUGGAGCUUCUGAAUUCGAUCCUCAAUAUAAUAAAGAUGCUACAAGCAGGCCGACAGAUAAUAUUUUAAUACCUCAGCUAAUCAGAGAAAUUGGCAGCAUAAAUUUAAAGAAGAAUGAACCUCCACUUACCUGUCCAUAUAGCCUGAAGGCCAGAGUUCUUUUACUGUCUCAUCUUGCUAGAAUGAAAAUUCCUGAGACCCUGGAAGAAGAUCAACAGUUCAUGCUGAAAAAAUGUCCUGCUCUGCUUCAAGAAAUGGUUAAUGUAAUCUGCCAGCUAAUCAUCAUGGCCAGGAGCCGCGAAGAAAGGGAGUUUCGUGCUCCAACUUUGGCAUCCUUAGAAAACUGUAUGAAGCUUUCCCAGAUGGCUGUCCAAGGCCUCCAGCAGUUUAAGUCCCCCCUUCUGCAGCUCCCACACAUCGAGGAGGACAAUCUUAGGAGAGUUUCGAACCAUAAAAAGUACAAAAUUAAAACUAUCCAGGAUUUGGUCAGUUUAAAGGAAUCAGAUCGCCGUAGUCUGCUACACUUCCUUGAAGAUGAUAAGUAUGAAGAGGUCAUGGCUGUCCUUGGGAGUUUUCCGUAUGUGACUAUGGACAUAAAGUCACAGGUGUUGGAUGACGAGGACAGCAACAACAUCACAGUAGGGUCCCUCGUUACAGUCUUGGUUAAAUUGACGAGGCAGACGAUGGCCGAAGUAUUUGAAAAGGAGCAGUCCAUCUGUGCUGCUGAGGAACAGCCUGCGGAAGACGGGCAGAGCGAUGCCAGCAAGAUCAAGGCAAGAGGAGGGUGGCAACAGAAGAGCAAAGGACCCAAGAAAAUGCCCAAGUCCAAAAAAAAGAAGCCUUUAAAAAAGAAGCCCCCCGCGGUGCCCGUGCCUCAGGCGAAGCAGCAGAAGCAGAAGCAGGCCAAUGGAGUUGUCGGGAGUGAAGCUUCAAUAAAGGAGGAAGAAGAUGACAUUUCCGACAAAGGCAGUGAUUCUGAAGAGGAAGAAACCAAUAGAGAUUCCCAGAGUGAAAAAGAUGAUGGUAGUGACAGAGAGUCUGAUAGAGAGCAAGAUGAAAAGCAAAACAAAGACGAUGAAGCAGAGUGGCAAGAGUUACAACAAAGCAUACAGAGAAAAGAGAGAGCUCUUCUGGAAACCAAGUCAAAGAUAACGCACCCUGUGUACAGUCUUUACUUUCCCGAGGAAAAGCAAGAGUGGUGGUGGCUCUAUAUUGCAGACAGGAAAGAACAGACACUAAUAUCCAUGCCGUAUCAUGUGUGUACACUGAAGGACACAGAAGAGGUAGAACUGAAGUUUCCUGCACCAGGCAAGCCUGGAAAUUAUCAGUAUACAGUGUUCUUGAGAUCAGAUUCCUACAUGGGUUUGGAUCAGAUUAAGCCACUGAAGUUGGAAGUCCAUGAGGCCAAGCCUGUGCCAGAGAACCACCCACAGUGGGACGCAGCAAUAGAAGGCGAUGAAGACCAGGAAGACAGUGAGGGAUUUGAAGAUAGCUUUGAGGAAGAAGAGGAGGAAGAGGAAGGUGAUGACUAGCCAGUGUAUGUGUGGACCACAGCGUUUGCACACAUCUGCAAACAUCUGCUGCUUUGUAAAUCAUAAUAAAACACAAGCAGUUGAGAACUGACGUGGAGGGAAGUGUUGGCGUCGUUACUAGAAAUGGAUACAUAAAGUAGGCAGUUGCUGGUAUUUAAAGCCUUUCAGGUAUGGGGUGGUGCGCUUAUAUCAUCUGCAAACGAUAAUAAAUCCUUUGUUGUUACAACUGUCCAGAAGUGUGGGCUGUGCAUUACCUGACCAAUUUACGGUCUCAGUCAGAGUCAAGGUACAUGAAAAAUCAACCUUUGCUCAGCUUUAGUUUUAGUAAACAUUAAAAAUACGAUGAUAAACAUCACAGAUCUGUUUUAAGUAACAUCUGCUCAAUUUUUAUCUGUUAAUAAGCUCUGUUGUUCUUUUAUCAAUAUUUCACAAAUGGUAAAAUUGUAACAGUUCCAUACAUGAGUUCAAACCUUCACUUUCAUCUGUCUUAGCCAUCUUUCUCACGCAUUCCACACAACACAGAGGGCUACGUUUUGGAAUUUUCCGUUCUUAAUUGCCCAGAGUUAGCAGACAUUAUUACCAAAAUGGCUUUUGGAGGCUUACGGCCUCUUAGAGCCUCUGUUGGGGUCUCAGCACCAGAUCUCGUUCUGAUAAGCUCAGGGCCGAAGUGAUUGUGGGACCACACAUUCUCUGAUGCCUGGGUCAUGUCAUUCAGUCUCUUGAAAAGGGUCACAGUAGAAGCUGGACAACAUUCUUAGCUUUUAAUCUACCUGACUAUCAGAAGCCUUCUAAAGAAAAUAAUACAGCAUACAAAGGAGGCAUUUUUGUAUUCAUUUUGGACUCCUGUUAAUAAAAUAGAAGUUUGAUUCAUUUUAUGUUUGUAAUUGUGUUUGUCUUUUUACUCCUAGAGAAAGGGCAUAAAUAGGGUAAUCCUUUAAUUUUCCACUAACAUUUUAAUGUUGUACCUCACGGUGGAAGUGAGUGCUAUCUCUGUGUACUCUUGAACUACCCAGGAGGAAGAGCUAUUUUCUCUCAUUGAGUACCACCUAAAGGGCAGUGCUCAACAUAGAGUAAAUGUGUGUGUGGUGGGUCACUGAGGUAAGAGGAAUAUUUUUAUUACUAGAUUCGGAGGACACACACGUCUACAAUACUAUAGGACUGAUUGCAAUAAUCCUAUCAAACUCUCCAUAGGCCAAAGUACUGUUGCAAUAGUAACUUACAACCUUGUUUAUUUAAAAGGUUGCUACUCUUCAUGCAGAAUUAUCACUGGUAUUUUGUUACUACAGUAGUUGGAAAUAAAAUUUGAAGAUUACCAAACAUAUGAAUUUUUUUGUUGUUGUUUUAAAUUUAAGAUGUAACACUUAAUAGCUGAAGUUUUAUUAGACCCUUGCUCGUUGACUGAAUGAGACCCUCCCUUCCUCUGCUACUGAGGGUCUGAGUCAUUUGUUUCGUUUAUUUGUAAGUGUGUGGGUUUGCCUUUCAAAUCAGAUCUUCCUGGGAAGCUCCAGUGUUGGUUGUAGCUGCUAGACGUGUAAGUGUGAGGGGAGUGAGCCAGCUUGUGUCAGGUGAAGGAGAGAGGCCAGAGAGGCUGGAGAAACAGAAUUGUAGUAUUUGCACUUCCUAGCUUUUCUGAAGUAGAUGGCUCAGGAAAAGUCUCCUCUCGUGGUUGUUUUCCCUGUAGAAGGGUAUACAGAGCUCCUCUCUGGUGAGGGUUUUACAGUCCGGUAACAGCACCAUGCUUACAAAAACAGCACGUCUUCCAUGGUUAGAAAUCCGGGACCGCAGGUGAACACCCUCAGUUAGGGUUUCACCUCUACUCAGUCACCAGACUCCACUCCCCCUUUCCUCUGCAGCAGAGGGAAUGGCUUGUCCUGGUUUGCAUUUAGGUGAAAGUUUUGAGUGUUGCUUCGUCUUUACUCCUAUUCAGAACACUGACACUCUGUCAAUAGGAUGAAUGAAUACAUAUGUGCAAACACAGUCUGUACGUACAGAGUGAAAUUGAUUAUAAAUGUAAUGAAGUGUCGAUCAGAGUACAGCCUUCCCCAGGGAGACUUCACUCCCAGCUGAAAAGGGUAGCAGGUGCAAACCUUAGCAUUGCUAAGACCCGACUGAGGCUUCAGACUCAAAACCAGUCAGGUGUUUACCUCAUCCAAAAGUUAGUAAUGUUUGAAAAGAAGCCAACACAUUGAAUGAGGUUCUGCACGUGGAGCGAUCCCCUGUUCUCUGCUCUGCCUUUCCCAGCAUGCACCGAAGGGUGGAGAAGGACGGGCUGUUGAGUAGUGCCGCUCUACUGUUUGCUGGGAAUCUCGGGCUCUAUAGGAGGUGUAGGAGUAGAAUGCCAACCCCCCCCCCCAUGUGGAACGAGGGAGUUGCAUGUCAUGAAUGUAUUGAGACUUUCUUAGCAUGUUCUGGUUUUGUUUCUGUGUUUUUGAGACAGAGCCUCACUAUAUAUAUAUAGCCUAGGCUGGCCUUGAACUCACAGUGCAGCCCAGGUCGUGGACCUUGUGAUCCUGCAGCCUCAGCCUCUUGAGUAAGUGGUAGGAUCACAGGCAAGAGCCACCACACCUGGUGUUGAACACAUUUACUACAUUUAUUCAGGUAUCUUCUCCAGUUAGCUCCUGCCAUACCCUGGAGUGUUGCUCAGUAAUAAUCUGCAUUUCAAAUGCACUUUGGUACCCUACAUAUUGUUGAGGGGCUGUUUAUCAUGUGUUUACUGCGUUUCCAUGUCCAGGCUCUGUGACUUAGGCACUGUAGCUGUGUGGACCCUCUUCAUGUUACUAACUUACACUUGGCUUGGGUCAGCACACCGGUGGCCAUUCAUUUUCAUGGUUUUCCUUUGGCGUGGUGCCUAAUAUUUGAAUGCCCCCCUCCCCCGCCUUUUCACCAGGCAGAGGGAUUGUUGUUAUUAUUUUAGGAACUAGCUAUUGAGUUAGUUGGCCUCUGUCCACCCCCCCUCCCCCUUAUCCUCUUUGGAUAAAGCAAGACUGGUCCUUUGUUUUUAAAUGCUUCUUUUUUGAAGCAUUUUCUCAACUCUAUGAAUCCCCUAUGUAGUCUGCCUUAAAGUGGAACAGCUAUCGGUGGACUGGAGCAUGACGUUUUUAUCAGCUGUACAGUGAUUAGUUCAAAUGUGUCCCAAGAAGUUAGCAUCAUCAUACUCUUAAACCUGACACUAGGGCUAUUUACAGACCUUCAGAAACAGAACAGACAUGAUCUUGUACAUUUUCCUGAAACUGAGCUAAAAAUCCAAAUGUCAAUCAUGGGCGCUUUAGGACUGGUUUCAGGCAGGUGUGUACAUCCCAGGGGUAUGCAGAUAGUAAGUCUAUUGAGAAAAUGUUAAAAUAAUGAUUCUUUGUAUUUAAUCUCAUCUUUUAAAUUUCUAUUUUUGUGUGUUUUAUAAUGUACAUAAUAUACAGUUGUACACUUAUAUAAUUUAUAAAUAAAUAAUACAUUUAUUGGUGCAUUA